UCGGCAUGCACCUCUUGCCUCAUCGAGUGGUGCAAGGCUAAUGACGAGGCCUGGAUCAAGCUGUUCUCCGACUCAGCCAAAGAUGCAAAGGACGAGGGUCGACCACGACAGCAGAUGUCUACCCAGAAGACAAAUUACCUCCAGCAGUUGGCUGCUGCAAUUUUCACUGACGACGAAGAUCCGAACAUUCAUGCACUAUAUAAAGAGCACCCACUUAGCUUUAUCAAACCCAUCAACAGUCAGUUCAACUCGCUUAAAAAGAGGUACAACUCCAUCAACAAGGAGCUUGGCCAAACAGGGGCUGGACUUAAGUCUAUCGAGGAGCUGGAUGCAGAUCCUCGCACGAAAACUCUUGUUGGU